UCCUUGACAGAAGAUAAACGUCAAACGGUCAAAUAAUCAAAUAGCUACAAGUGCUAAAUGGCAUGGUUAUAGUUUAAUAUUUGCAUUAUUUUGUUACUUUGGUGUAUCAAACCCUGUAAAAUUAUACAACUUUUAAACUCUCAAUUUGUUUUGAAAAGGAAAGCUCGGAACAGGGUAUUGCUGACUCCCCAGUAAUAUAAUAAAUACAACAAAAAUGUCUGAGGAUAAUGUAGUAAAUGUAAAACACCGUAUGUUAGAAUUAUUUUCUGAUAUGGAUGAAGCUGAUAUUGAAACGAUUGAACAAUGGAUAAGUAAUCAAUCAUACAGAAAGGAUUUGGAACGUUUAAAAGCAUUGAAAAGUUCACAGAAAACACUCGUAAAAAUAGCGAACUCUAUUAAGAAAAUUGUGCCAUUUGAAGCAGAGAUGCCAUCAGAAGUAAUAAAACCACCAACAGUUGGAAAUCAAACAGAUUGCAAUGAAACUAACACAUGCCAUGUGGAUGAAUUCUUAUAUGAUGAUAACGAAGUCGAAAAACUUAUUAAAAAAGGGAAACUGAAAAAAUACUAUUGUACAAAUUGUAACCAUCGGGAUGUCCAAGAACUGAUAUACAUUUCACAUUCAAUGUCCUGUCAAGCUCUACAAUACAUAUUCAAAGUUCUGCUUCCAAGUGAUUUAGAAGAAAAACAAAUUUUGGAUGUUGGUUCUAGAUUAGGUGCAGUUUUAUAUGGUGCUUACUAUUUAUCAAAUGUGGGAACUAUCAUUGGUGUAGAAAUGAAUCAGGAAUGUUGUGAUGUACAAAGGAGAAUCAUUGAACAGCAUUCAAUGGAUACUAACAGAAUAAGAGUAGUUCACUCGGAUGUAAUGGAAAGGAGUGAUCUUGUAACAAACUCUAAUAUUAUUGUAAUCAAUAUAUUAGAAUUCUUUGUUGAUAAUGAAAAACAUAAAGAAAUGUGGUAUUUCUUCAGAAAAUAUAUUAAGAAAGGAAGUUAUCUUGUUUGCAACAGAAGUAUGACUGACACAUUUGUAAAUUUAGAUAUAUUUGAAGAAUUCAUGAAUUGGUUAAGUGUUUGUAAACCACAUCAAAUAGAAAAUGAAAUACUUUUUGAUAUUGAGGAUUAUAAUGAUUUGUACUUGUACACUGUUAAUUAAAUAAUAUGUAACA